UCAAAAUGUCAGUGUUCAAAUUAUAUUACAAUUGCGUGAGUCCACCAUGUAGAACGGUGCAUAUGGUAACGAAGGCAUUAAAGCUUAAUGUGAAAUUAAUCGACGUCGAUAUAUUGACACAAAGAUAUUUGGAACAAUUGCAAAACGUGAAUCCGCAGCACACGAUUCCCGUCCUCAACGACACCGGAUUCAUUCUUUGGGAUAGUCACGCCAUCUCAGCGUAUCUGGUGAACCGGUAUGGGCCUCAGAAAUUGUAUCCGGAAGAGACGAAGCUGAGGGCUUUGGUCGAUCAGCGAUUGCACUUCGACUCCGGCAUCCUUUAUCCAACAUUAAGGAAGAUCAUUGUACCGAUAAUGUUUUUCAACAGAUUCGGAUUAUCCAAAAUGGAUGUUAUAAAAAUUAAGCAAUGCUACGAGUUUAUGGAUAUAUUCAUGGGUAAAUCCAGUAUAUGGCUGUGCGGUGAUGAAAUGACGAUAGCCGAUCUCUCCUGCUUAUCCACCGUCUCCACCAUGGACAUGAUGUAUCCAAUCAAAGAGGACGAGUACCCAAACCUGAAGCGCUUCUUGAGGAACGGCGAAAGGCUACCGUAUUACAACGAUAUAAACCUGAACGGUUUAAAUAAACUGAGCAGCGUCAUCCAACAGAAAUUCAUCAAGCACAAGGAAGAAAAGGAAUUUUCUGGUGGAAGUAAAACAAAACUAUAAUCGAAACUUAAUCAUUAAUUCAAUAAUUAUACGUGGAAAUUGACUGGCAUUUCUUAAUUGCUAAAAACGUGAAACUUGUUCGGUUUUCUUUAGUAUGAGAAAAUCAAUUAUUCAACAGUUAAUAACUACACACGGUGGUGACCUGACAUUUACCCUCCAAAUCGAUACUUCUUGAAUGUUUUUUUAUGUUAGGAAAAUAACAAGUUGCGCUGUAACACCAUUAUUUUUGCUUCAAUAAUAAAUGUGUUUGUGUGUGUUACAGCCAACACCAAAUUAAUGCGGAACAAUUUCGCUCUCGUAGCUAGUUUUAAUUUAUCAAUCAUCUAGUGUAAUUGCAUGUGGGA